UAGGUAUUUUUCUGUGGUAUUGUGCUGUAAAAAUGGUUUCACGUGCCGGAAAAUCAAAUGGAAAAGGCACGAAAAAGCAAAUGGACUGCUAACUCGUCAGUGUGUUUAUGCACUCUUCUAUAUCACGUACUACAAAUACAUGAGGCUGUAGCAAGUGCUGCAAGUGUGGGAACAUCAGCGGGCUCUGAUGAGCGCACUGCGUUGGACCAAGCACUGAUGCUUGUUGAAAUUUUAAAAACAGAAUACGCCAGAGUAGUAAGCGAGAAUAAUAAACAGCAGAGGAGGAAUAUUACGAGUAUAUUCGGCGAAGCUGAUGUUCAAACGUGCGCCACAACCGCUGAGAAACCAGGUGAUCCCAUUGGCAAGAGAAAUUGGCGGCGUUUCGAUUAUGAUAACUUUUUGGGACCUCAACCUGGCAACAAUCAAACACGCCUGUCUUCAACCUCUGCUGUCACAGUUGCCCAUACUUCUACAGUUUCUGAACCGCCUAGUCCUAUCACGACGACGACUAUAGAAAAUUCAGAGUCAAAUAAUGUCGCCAUUACGCCUCCGACCACUUCUACAAAAACUGUAGGCGCAACCAAUGAAAUAGUUACAACAGAAACAGAGUCAAAGUCUACGACACCCGUGAUUACGAAUAAUGAAACUGAUUACAAAUUAUCGGCAGCUCAAAGUACAGUUCUCACGAAGACUUCUUCGUCGUCUAUUUACACGACCAAAAACAAAAUUUUAACCUUCCAGAGUUCUUCACCAACUGAAAAGAAGAAACUGAUGUUGUUUUCUAAAAAAAUAUCAAAAGCUAAACGCACACCAUCAAAGCUAGGAAGAGAGCCAGAGUUGUCGCAAGUUGCAGCUGAACUAGCUAAGGAGCUAGCGGAUGCUGCACCAGGAACUAAGAUGGCACAUCGCGCUCCAGUCGUAUGGCGUGGAUCCACUAAGGUGUACUUGGCAGACAGCACACGAUAUCCUGUACCCUUACCAGAAAACCAUGCAUUCUGUUUCACUAAUCCCCACAGUGCACUAUGUCGAACUCUUGUUUAAGAUAUACCCAUAAAUAGAUAUAUCUACCUACUUCAAAGCCGAAAUGCCGGUACAUCGUAAUCGGCCUAGCUAGUCCUCAGAAAUGCAAAGAUCGUUUAGCCCAAAGCCAAAACUUCGGCUCUUGUCUGGCGAAUUUUAGUUUCAUUCCUGGUGCUGAAAUUUUCAGUACGAAGCCAAAAAUCUAUUUUACUAGUAAUUCAGUUUUGAAUUAGGCAGCCCUGUAUUAUUUGAAUGUGUUAUAAGUCAUGUACACACUGUAGGUGUGAUUAAAUUAUGUGAUUUCAGUCGUAAAUAAAAUUGGCUGUUUCAAAUUGGCUGUUUCACUGUCCAAUUGAUCAUUCCUCAGAUAAAAGUUAUUUGACAAUUGAAAAAUCGGCCUUAUGCUGAAUAAAUAUUACGUUUCCGACGAGCAGUCGAAAAGACUCGCAUUUCUGAGACUCGCUCAGUUAAAAUUGACCAAGAACUGCGUUGACCAAUCUUUAGCAGCUUUUGGAACUACGCGGGAUCCCGUCUUGCCUUCCACACGUAGG